GUUAGCAGGCAUAGUGGAUGUUCAGUAGAAUCCGCCAUUUCUAGCGUAUUGCGGGAUGCUUCCUAUUAAAAGUGUGAAAGAAAGAUAGAAUUCUAGAAAUGUGUGUUGGAUACGAAUUCUGAACUGUAGGAUUUAGGUAGAAGGAAUAAAAUCCUCAAAUUGAUUUACCCCUUAUGACUGAUAAAGUGCAGAUGCCUAAUAAUAAAUAUUUCGACUUUGGUGUUCUCUAAAGUUGAAAGCAGUGGCGCCUUUACCGAGUACCAGUUUCACAAGCAACGUCACCAGGUCUGGGCUUGACGUCAUGAAUUUAGAUGCAGAAAACCGGGUGGUGUUGAACGUUGGCGGAAUCCGCCACGAAACCUACAAAGCCACCUUGAAGAAAAUUCCAGCCACCAGACUCUCUCGCUUAACAGAAGCUUUGGCGAAUUACGAUACGGUUUUAAAUGAAUAUUUCUUCGACCGGCAUCCCGGUGUUUUUGGACAGAUACUAAACUAUUACAGAACCGGGAAACUCCAUUACCCCACAGAUGUCUGCGGCCCACUGUUUGAGGAAGAGCUGGAAUUCUGGGGUCUGGAUUCCAACCAAGUAGAGCCUUGUUGCUGGAUGACCUACACGCAGCAUCGAGACACCCAAGAGACUCUAACUGUUCUAGACAGAUUAGAUCUUGACACCGACAAACCUGGUGAUGAAGAAAUAGCCCGUAAGUUUGGAAUGGAAGAAGACUUCCUGAACGGAACUUUAAGCUGGUGGCAAAACGCCAAACCAAAAAUGUGGUCCCUCUUUGAUGAGCCUUACUCCUCAACAUCGGCCAAGGUCAUUGGUAUAAUAUCAGUGUUCUUCAUCUGCGUAUCCAUUCUGUCCUUCUGUCUGAAGACUCAUCCUAACAUGAGAGUUCCUGUCAUCAGGAACGUCACCGUCUGGACGUCACAACACACUAAAGCGUGGACAUUAGACAAGUUUCAGACCAACCCUCACUUGGCGUUUUUUUACGUUGAGUGUGUGUGCAAUGCUUGGUUCACUUUUGAGUUCACGACCCGUUUCAUCGCCUGCCCCAGCAAGUUGGACUUUGUUCGAGGAGCUGUCAACAUUAUCGACUUUACAGCAACUCUGUCUUUCUACAUAGAUUUGGUGUUACAAAGGUUUGCCUCCCAUCUAGAGAAUGCCGACAUCUUGGAGUUCUUCAGCAUCAUUCGGAUCAUGAGGCUAUUCAAACUUACUCGUCACUCAGCAGGAUUGAAAAUCCUGAUCCAAACCUUCAAAGCCAGUGCAGGAGAACUUAUUCUUCUGGUUUUCUUUCUUGUUCUCGGAAUUGUAAUAUUCGCCAGUUUGGUUUACUAUGCCGAGCGAAUCGAGUCAAAUCCAGAAAACGAUUUUAACAGCAUUCCGCUGGGCUUGUGGUGGGCUUUAGUAACGAUGACCACAGUGGGAUAUGGAGACAUGGCGCCAAAAACGUACACAGGAAUGUUCGUGGGCGCUCUUUGUGCUCUUGCAGGUGUGCUAACUAUAGCUCUCCCAGUGCCCGUGAUUGUGUCAAAUUUUGCCAUGUUUUACUCGCAUACACAGGCGCGUGCUAAGCUACCCAAGAAACGCAGGCGCGUGCUGCCUGUGGAACAACCACGAGGUCCACGUGCCAGGGGGCAAGGGCCAGGUGCAGGGGAUGGCCACCAGACCAGGAGGAUGAAUGCAAUCAAACAGAACCACCCAAAAGAAUUCGCAAGCCCUAAAUUGGUUACCCCGGAAGUUCAGAUGUGCCGCUAGAGGGCGCUACACGUGUGUCGUACUCGGGGGGAAGGAGAUGAUGCCAUCAAAGACGAUGACGUCAUAGUUCCACAAAAUGACACCAGAGGACGUGUUUGUUAGGAACGCGUUGCUAGGCUGCCAUGAGAAGCGACCAUGACGUCAUAAUUCCACGAAGUGUCACCAGAGGGGGCGUUGUUAUGCCGCCAUGACAGGCAGCCAUGACGGACAAUUACGUAAUAGUUCCAUGAUACAUUCCAGCGGACACUACGAACUCGGGUACUGGACAAUGAUGGAUGGAUAAACAUCAAGGCAUUCAUUUAUUAUUUUUAGUUGUAGCAAAAUGAACUAGUACAGAUAUUAAAAUAUGCAAAAUAUUGGUUUUAAAUCUAGACAUUGAUGAUGUAAUCACAAGUGGAAGUAUAGUGUCUGCCUUUGUAAAACUCAUUUAAGAUAAAACUAUAAAAGUAUCAUGUGUAAAAUGAAAUAUUUUGUCUUGCAUAUUAAAUAAGCGCCGAAAGUCGUUGAAAUAAUCUCUUGAUUUAUAAUUAAAGAGUCAAACAGUAAGUUUAAUCAUUUCAUGAUAUCAUCCUUUUAAGAUGAUUUAACUAUAAAUGGUCAGGAAAUUUAAUUAACUAGUAAUUUAGUGUUUAUACCGACUCUAUUAAUUAUAGUCAUGUUGUUCAAAUUUGUGCUGGCCUUACUUCCUGGAACUAUGACGUCAUCGUUAUCCCCUUCUCCAUCCCUGAGUUCGACACAUGUGUAGCACCCUCUAGUGGCGUGUCUGAACUCCUGGGGUAACUACUGAUACACUAAUAAGUCUAAUAAUACAUUGAAUUAUAUCAGUCUUAUCACAAGAGAGAAAACCCGGCAUUCAAUAAUUUCAAUAAGAUUGUACAUAAUUUACAUACAGGUAGAACAAAGGAACCAACGUAGUUAAAACAAAGCUAGCGACAUCUGUACAGUAACACGUUAAUAAUUAUUCCAACUAUUUAAAAGAAUUAUGUAAAACUGACACCCAAUGUUAACAUAUGAAUUAGCAAGAAAAAAGAAAGGCUAAUUUUUAAACACGUUACGGCUAUACAGUAAUCAGUUUGUUUUUUUGGUUUGUAGUUAAGCACAAAGCUACACAAAGGGCUAUCUGUGCUCUGCCCACCACGGAUAUCGAAACCAGGUUUCUAGUGUUGUAAGUCCGCAGACAUACCGCUGUGCCACUGGGGGGCGCAGUAAUCAGACACACACACUUCACCAUAUUCCAACUUUUUUUGCCCAGCUUUCAGUUUGUGGCAUCUUAUUAGAUGUCGUUUUCUUUUUAGUAUUUCAAAUUAUAUUUCUUGUUCCUCCUUUAUUUUGACGAAAUCUAGGAAAUUCUUUGUCUUACAAGUUAAUUUUCCUUUCCAUCCUUAAUUCUAAAAUAGUUGAGAAAAUUAUCCUUCUUGCUUCACUGUGUAAUGUAAAUUUAAACUGUAUCAAAACUUGUUAGAUUUUAAGUUACAUGUAUGUAGAGUUCUUAAGACAAAGUCAAUAAAGAUGUUAGAGAAAAAACGCAAUAAAAACAUUCGUCAUUCCUUUAAAAAUACUUUUACAAAUUUCAUGCUUAUUUUCCUUCUCCAUAAGAUGAC